GUUUAAAAUGAAAAUGGUGACUUCUGAGGAGGGGCAGGGGUUGAAGAAUGGGAAGAAGGGAUCUACUCCUGGAUCCCCUCAACUCCUUCAACCCAACGGACAGGGUGCUGAGAGCUCGGAGGACGAAAGAGAAGGGCGUAUUCGUGUAGGCCGAGAAUACCAAGCAGUCCCGCCCCCGUAUAUACCCAAGGUUGACCGGCGCCCUGAUCAGUGUGCUGAGCGUGCCCUUCUUGUCUGGUCACCCAGUAACAAUAUUUCAACUAAGCGAUUGGAGGAAUUUAUCCAGAUGGCGAAAGAAAAAUAUAGUUAUAAUGCUGAACAGUUCCAUGGUAAAUCCUUCCACCGAAUCAGGCAGAUGCUCCCGGACAAGAGUAUUGCAGCUCUCGUCAAAUAUUAUUACAGCUGGAAGAAAACAAGAACAAGGACCAGUUUAAUGGACCGACAUGCAAAGAAGUUGCAGAGUGUUCGUGAUGAAGGAAAAUUCGGCGACGAAAAUUUCCCAGAUCCGUCGGACGAAGAGGAUACGGAGAAGGAGACAGUUGGGGAAAAGAUGGAGAACUGUAUAAACUGCGGGAUAUCUUGUCAUUCCCCUCAACCCAGUUCAAGAGGAAACCUGUGCGGAACCUGUCAUCUGUUUUGGAACAGGACCGGUCAGUUUCGACCGACGACGGGUCCCUUACGGAAAGACGGGUUGAAACCGAACAGAUCGAUAUUUCGCAAUGCGACCAGACCUCCGAAGGGAAUGCAUAUAAACCACGACGAUCUAGUGUCGCUGGCUACGGGCCCGAGCGGACAGGGAGAUUCUCUCCUCAAAUCCCUAGACAGGGAAAUUCUGCAGUACAAGAGAACUGUUCAAAGCAACAAACAAACAUUGUCAGGACUCCGCAAAAAAACAAAAGGUCGUGAUAUUGAUCCCUACCGUAUCCCUGAACCCUCAGCCUCUAGAAUAAACGCUAGAUGGACAAAUGACGAGCAUCUCCUUGCUGUACAAGGUAAGAUUUGGGGAACAAAUUUGGGGACAAUAGGGGGAGAUGAGUAUAGGGUGACGAAAAGGUAAACAAGGGGAGAUGAA